CAGCUAACGUAGAAGAAAAAGAGAAUCUGAAUCGUCACAAUUCCAUUCUUUUUCAAUACUUAAUCCAUUGUAUGAUCUCCCUUCUCUUAUUUCUUCGGCUCUUUCGUUCUCUUUUUCUCUUCGCCUUUCUCCUUUUUAUUCUCUCAAUUCAAUGAUUCCUCCAUUAUAAUUUUCCUUUUCUUGUUCCCCAAAACCUCCUUUAUUCUCUGCGUCUUUCUCACGUACACCCACCACUGUUUUCACUUAUAUAUUCAUUCAUCUCUUCUUUUUAGAACUCCUUCCUUUCAUUUUCCCUCCAAAUAUUCACAAGUUUAGUGGGGGAGUUUGUCACGGGCUCAGGUUGGGAGCCGUUUUGCAAGAAAAUUAGGUUCAGCCUUAUGGAGUUUGAUUAUCGAGAACUCGUCAAGGCCACUGAAAGUUUCUCCUGUUCAUCCCUCCUCGGCAAAGGUAGCCAUGGAUGUGUUUAUAAAGCCGUUCUUCACGACGAUCACCACCGUCUUCCCAAUGUUGUCGCCAUUAAACGAGCUUCGUUUAAUGGCCGUGAAGUUUUUCUCGAAAACUCCAAGAAACUUAACAAUGAAAUUCAGGUUUUAUCUUCUCUAAGUGAUCAUGAAAACCUUAAUGUAGUUAACUAUUUGGGAACCAGUUCUGAUUGCGAAAAUCAAAACAAGCUUUUGGUUAUGGAGUUUUUGCCUAAUGCCUCGCUUUAUAAUUUGUUACACAACUCUUCUUCUUCUGGUUCGCCACCGCCGUCGUGGCCUAAACGUGUAGAAAUUGCCAUCCAAAUCGCCAAGGCCAUCCAUUUUCUUCAUGAAGUUGCCAAUCCGGUGAUUAUCCACAGAGAUAUAAAGUCUUCCAACAUUUUACUCGACGCUAAUUGGAUCCCAAAGCUCGUCGAUUUCGGGCUCGCUGUUGAUGCGUCAUCGAUAACUUCACAGCCCGUUCAGCCUGCGGGAACAAUCGGGUACCUUGAUCCCUGCUACACUUCACCAAAUAAAUUAAGCAGAAAGACUGACAUGUUCAGUUUUGGGGUAGUUUUGUUAGAGAUUAUAAGUUGCCGGAAGGCCAUUGACGUGUCGAAACAGCCAGCGUCGAUCGUCGAGUGGGCGACGGCAUUGAUCAAAGAGAAGCGGGCCAUGGAGAUUUGUGAUACGAGCGUUUCUCUGCCGAGUUACAUGGAGGGCACGAUCAAGCACAUGUUAAACUUGGCGGCGCGUUGUGUGUCGUUGGAGGAAGACAACCGCCCCGAAAUCGGAGAGGUUUUCAUGGUGGAGACGUGUUUUGUUGAACGAGUUAGAACGAUUCCCAUCUGGAUGAGCUUGUGGGGUAGCGUGAUGAGGAUGAGAAGAAGGCAAAGGAGAUCAGAUUUUCCAUCAAAGAAACAGCUUUGUGAUCGUGAUAACGAUAAUGGUGAUAAUAUUUGCAGUGAUAUUUCCAGAGGGAAGAUGAUUUUGAGAGAGAUUUUGGCUGAUAUAUCUCUCAAGUGAGUUGAGUUAAUCUUUUGACUCGAUUUUGUUACACCUAUGCAGCUGAGUGAAUGAUAAACUCGAGCGAGUCAACGUUUGAUGGCUAGCUAUCUUUACACCCAUGUAAAUUUACUUAUGUAAAUAUAGGUUUAAUUAUCCUUAUUUUUUA